AUGGCCGACUCGGAAUUUGGAGACGAGUCAGAAUAUGGCACAUCUUCUGCCAGGGCAGUCAUCAUGGACGCGAUCCUCGCGCCGUUCCGCGCGCUGGUAUCCAAGUCCGCCUUACGGCUAUAUGUGAACACGCUACUGUUCAUGGGCGCCGCCAAUGGCAACCCCUGGGGUAUAGCACACUUUGACUCCGAGUUCGUGGCUCUUCAGCCCUACGAUGUAUCCGUGACGCUCGAGCUGCCACGCACGCCCUCAAAUCUCGAUACAGGCAACUUUAUGCUCGACCUUGCCCUCUUCUCCUCCCGCCCCGCCUCGUCUCUCCUACCCGGUCCAAAUAACACCCCCCUCACGCGGGCCCGCCGCCAUGCUAUUAUGACCUAUGCCUCGCCGCUGGUGGAUCUUGCUCGGAGGGUGGCGUGUAUGCCGCUUUAUGUUGUUGGAUGGCACCGGGAGUCGGAGACGCUAGAGGUGCCGAUGAUGGAGCUUCUUGAGUUUGCGAAGGGAGCGCGGAAUUUGCCGCAGAGUCUGCGGCUGGAGAUUCAAAGUGACUCGAAGAUGCAGAUUUAUACCGCUCAGGUGGAAUUCCGUGCUAAGCUGACAGGGCUUAGAUGGCUUAUGUAUCGCUGGAAGGUUACUUCUUUUGUUGUUUUCAGCUCUCUUUUUUGGUCUGUUUCCAUGCUCUCCGCUGGUUUGACGUGGCUGGCGAUGACUUGGGUUUGGGGGACUAUGCCCAAGAAUGAGAUUAAGGAGGAGCCGGAAGACUCUAUCAAAGAAGAUCCUGAUGACCAGAAUACCUCUGAAGAAUCUUUGGAGGUUAAAAAGGAAGAACCAGAGGAGCAGGAACAGAGGUUGCUUUCUAGUUAUCCGGCGGAGGGUGAGGAAACUGCGGGGGGAACUUUCUUCUCCUCCAUUCUUCACAUUUCAACCACUCCGCCCGCCAUGCAUAUCCUGGUCACCAACGAUGACGGUCCUCCGUCUAACCAGUCAUCGCCCUACGUGCAUUCGCUCGUCCACUCACUCCAGUCCGCCGGUCACACGGUCUCGGUCAUUCUCCCACACCAGCAGCGAUCAUGGAUCGGUAAAGCGCACAUCGUAGGCGCAGCCGUCAAACCGACGUACUUCCGACCCGGAACGCUACAUCAAGAAGACGGGACAACACACCAUUUGCCCCGAGGCAGUGACGGUGAACUCGACGAAGGAGACGAAUGGGUUCUGAUCGACUCGACCCCGGCGAGCUGUGUCCAGAUCGGUCUAUAUCACUACUUCCAAGAACGUGGCCCUAUUGAUGUCAUUAUUUCCGGUCCGAACUAUGGUCGCAACACUACCGCACUCUUUGCAUUGUCGAGCGGAACCAUUGGCGCAGCGUUGGAAGGUGCUUGCUGUGGGAAGCGCUCAAUUGCUCUAUCUUAUGCUUUCAGUUCUCGGAACCAUGACCCUGUCAUUAUCGCAGAGGCUGCGGGUCAUUCGGUCAAGGUGAUCGAGCAUCUUUGCGCCAACUGGGCAGACGGGGUACAACUCUAUAGUGUCAAUGUUCCCCUUGAACCCGGCGUGAGUGAGAAUAAGGUCUUAUAUACCAACAUGCUGCAGAAUAUGUGGACCGGGAGUUGCUUCCAGGCUGUCGAUCCCACAGCCGCAGACGACCCUGAUUUGCAAGAAAAGCUGCUGCGCGACGGAGGCGAGGCUGAAGGAAAGAAACCGGAUCAGACCGUCGGUAACAGCGAGAAGUCAUCUUAUGGACCCCGGAUUCAGCACAAGCAUUUCAAGUGGGCGCCGAGCUUCCAGGACGUUUUCCGAAGCGUCGAGGAAAGUGAGCCUGGCAAUGAUGGCUGGGCCGUCAAGGAGCAAAUGACUAGUGUCACGCCUCUCAUGGCCAAUUUCAUGCACGGGCCCGGUAUCUCCGGGGAGAUCAAGCUAUCGGCUAAUCAACCCUCGUUGUACUCCCUCGUCGACUGCGAUGACUCCUACGUGCAAGAGAUGGUUGACCGGGCAUUGACCCGUCGCCUGGGCAGUGCCACCAAGCGUGUGUCUUCUGUGUCCGAACUACCAAACUCUUCCGCGCCGCUUUUCCAAUACCGCGAAUAUGAACGCCUCGACUUCGAACAUGUCAUGUCCAGAUCGUCGACCUCUCUUUCGAAUGCAUACAUCAUCCGCAAGGCUUUGAUUCGCAAGCACUAUCUCUCCAACACGGUAUCCAACUGGAUCUCAAAACACCCAGAUAGCAUCCUACGACACCACUUCAAGCCCGCUUUUGACUUCGAACUCGAUUAUGCCGAGUUCCUCGACGACGCCCUGCUCGAAGCAUACGAGCUGAACGACAGCCUUGCCAAGAACGAAGGACGACCCGACUCCGAGAAAGAAUGGUGGAUCCUCAAGCCCGGCAUGAGCGAUCGAGGCCAGGGAAUUCGUAUCUUCAACAGCGAAGACCAGCUACGCGAGAUCUUUGAGGAGUGGGAAGAAGACUCAGACGACGAGAGCGGAUCUGAGACAAACGCCGACGACGUGGAAGCCAACGCUCGCGCUGCCCUGGAUACAGGAAUCGUCACUUCGCAGCUCCGCCACUUCCUCGCACAACCCUACAUCGACCCUCCCCUCCUUCUCCCGUCGUCUUCGAAUCGCAAAUUCCAUAUCCGCACCUACGUCCUCGCCUCGGGGUCACUGAAAGUCUACGUCUUCAAGGAGAUGCUCGCGCUGUUCGCUGCUAAGGCCUACUGCGCUCCACACGAAGAAGACGAUGUCGCCGACCUCGCGCGCCAUCUGACCAACACCUGUUUCCAAGAGGGCGGCAGCUCGAACGCGGGUAGUGUGCGCCGCUUUUGGGACCUUGACCAUCACGUUCCCGGUCUCAGUGCAGACUGGAAGGAGAAGAUCUUUGAGCAGAUCUGCUCGGUGACGGGUGAAGUGUUUGAGGCUGCAGCUCGGGGGAUGAUGGUUCAUUUCCAGACUCUACCUAAUGCGUUUGAGUUGUUUGGUGUUGAUUUCAUUGUUGAUGCUAGUGGGGAUGUGUGGCUUCUGGAGCUCAACGCGUACCCCGACUUCGCGCAAACUGGCGAGGAUCUGAAGGAGGUUGUUGUUGGGCGCUUAUUUGAGGAGGUGGUUGAUGUUGCUGUUAAGCCGUUCUUUGGUCUAGGUGACGGAGCUGGCACGGAUGACAUGAAGCUAGUUGCUGAUCUUGAUCUCGGGAGACAUGCUUAG